UGGGGAGGAGCUUCCAGACAGGCCUAGACAUGAAGGGGAAAUCCCCAUUGAAUGGCAAACUGGUUGUUUCGUUUCGUCUCAGUUAGUCGUUGACCCCGACCUUGGUCAACAAUGUCUCAGCCUAAUAUUUACCAACAAUUAUUUGAGGCAUAUUGUAAGGCUUAUCCAGACAAGAAAAAAGAAACUUGCCAAAAAAAUCUUAACAAAGAAUGGGAGUCAAUAAAAUCAAGUUCAGAGAAUAAACCGUUGUUGAUAAAACCAAAAGCUGAAGAAUAUCUUAAAAAGCUUAAUGCUAUUGCUGCGAAAAAAAAAGGUGGAUUAAUGCAAUUUUUCGCCCACUCAUCAAUAUCUCAUUUAAAAACAAAAACAACCAUAGAAAGGCCCCAAGAACUAGAAUUUCAACCUGAUUCGGAUCAGUUUUGUGAACCUUUAUUGACGGACUCUGAAACAGAACAGAACAUUUGUUCAAAAAUUACGAGUUCUGCGAAAAGGCCUGCCCAAGAAGCAACUAAAAAUGAAAUUGAUCUAUUAAAUGGGGAUUUGGUUGGUCUUUAUAAUCGACAAAAAAUGGACAUGAAAAAAAAAUGAUUAGGUUGCCAAUAUUUAAAUAAUUUGCCGUGCCCUUCCUCUUGAAAUAUUUACCCUUCCUUUUGAAAUAUUGAAAAGAUUUGGCCAUGCCCUUCCCCUUCCAAUAUUUAAAUAAUUUACCAUGCCCUUCCUCUUGAAACAUUGAAACAAUUUACUGUGCCCUUCCUUUUGAAACAUUUAUUCUGAUACAAGAUUGAAAAUUAUUAGGUUGUCCAAGACGCGUUUGAAAAUGGGAAAACAAGUUUAGGAACUGUUUCGUUACUUCGUUGUGGAUUUAGAAAGGCAGGUAAAGAAAUAUGAUUUAGCAAUUUUAUUGUAGCAAGGGUACCGACCGAUAACUCAAGGUGUUUGACCUGUCUUACAGUUUCUUGGAUGCAGUGAAACUGUUUGAAAGAAAAAUCACAUUUUAAAAUGUCUGGGGCAAUGUACUUUUGCAGACAUGAGGGAAAAUCAGGUUGGCUUUUUAUUUUACCUGUCUGUGGACCCAAUAUAACCCGACUUGUCUGAUCCUGCAAAAUAACGGUGAAAAAAAAACUAAGGUCAACUUUUUUCAACUGUAAACUAGGUCAGUUUCCAAGAUUUUGGUUUUUACUUCCUCAAUCCAUCCAAUCGGAUUUUCGAUUGCUAUUUGUAAAUGCGCUGGAAACUGGACUAUAUAAAGGAUUGUGGUUUUUCUGAAAAUAGCUCACACUUCACCUUUGCAAGUCUUCCAACAAACACUUCAAUUCCAUCUUCAAAAUGAAUGAUUUCUUUUUUCUGAACAAAAAAGCUUGUGAUUUCUCUUGGGUUAUCUUAAAUCUUUAUUGACUGGCCCAAUAUAAAAUAUAUCUGUAUCAUGCAGCUUCAUUUAAUGUUCGUGAUCUGCGCUGUGCUCGGUGUGUCUGCCUCCUGCUCAAACUCGUACACGUCGCAAUCUUCCCCUGGCCAGGGAUCGCAGGCUGAUGAGAACAGCGCUGGUCACGGCGGAAUGACCAGUGAAAUGUCAUCAUUCCCCAGCCAAAUUCAACAAACAAUGACGAACAGCCAAUUGUUAUCAGCUGACCAGCCGGAAGCAAGUCCAGUCGUUGGACAACAGAGACCUGGAGCCAUGUUUGCUCCUGCUGCUCCAACAACUACUCAAUAUCUGUGUUCUGGCAUCACCAUUAACCCAGUAGCAUCAGUUCAUCAUGCCCCAGCAUCGACCGAUUCGUUUAACUCCGGCGAAGCUUCCGCUGAUCAGUCUGCUCUUGUCCAUUCCUGUUCUUCCGGGUCGGCCGGCCCCCAUAGCAGUGACGGUUGUCCUCAUCAACAUACUGCCCAAUCAUCGCCAGCACAAGAACAGUAUGCUGCGAAUAAUGGAGGCUAUUAAGAUGUUUAUUUUGAGAUCCCGACAUUUACGUUUGUAGCCUCCCUUUUUUUUAUCUUUGUACUUUUCUAUACGAUUACCAUAAUAAAUUUAUACCUUAAACAUUUGCGUGUGGGUCUCCACGCCUUGCAACAAGCAUUAUAGUUAUUAAGUGUAGACGUAAACUUUAUACGCUGAAGAGGGGAUGAAAUAAUUGAACACAACAAAAUGGGUAUGGUUUAAAAAUUUAGUGUAUAAACGGGAAUUUCAUUAACUCAUGUCCGAAAAAAAAAAUUAACCUUUUACAAGCCAAAUGUUAAAAAAUAAAAAAUAAACACACAAAGAAAAAAAAGCUCAACCAACACUCAGGAAAUUCCUUGCUAUGCCCAACUCUGUAAAAAAAAUCCCCAUAAAGGCAACCCGUUCAGAGUAAUGAGUUGACCACAUAUUUCAGUGGCCAUCUCACCGCUCUUGAUACUUAGCCAAUACAGGUUAGCAAGGUCCCUUGUAAAAAUAAUCCCCCAUAAAGGCAAUCCGUUCAGAGUAGUGAGUUGACCACAUAUUUCAGUGGUCACCUCACCGCUCUUGAUACUUAGCCAAUACAGGUUAGCAAGGUCCCUGUUUGUUGUGUUGACUUUUAACUUCUCCCAUUGUUGUGUUACCAUCUGUUGUUGGACUUCGUGUUUCCACGAGCCGACUG